CCUAAACGAGUAAACAACAAUUGCGUUUGGCUCUAUGGUAGAACUCACUGUCAAUGCGGCUGCAAGUGUUGCGAAUGCAUUGCUGAACCCAACAACUUACCACAGCUCGACGCUGUGUCAACAGGACCAGGGACUCGCCCGGAGGACCGCGGAUUUACCCGGUUGCCAUGGUGACCAAGGCGUACUGGGGCCGAGGAGAUCCGCGUUCCUGAGGAAGAUCGCGUUGAGUCCGAAACCAGGUUUCAACAAAACAAAAAAAAGUCAAAUGUUGUUAAUUAUUGACCAAUUAUUUUGUGGCGGCUGGGGUGAAUGUAGUAGCCAGGAAGGCGGUACGUUCGCCACAUCCUUGAAUGCGUCGAUCUUUUUCGACCCGUUGGUCCGAGAGGGUUUAAAAGAGAUGUUUUACGAUUGAAAGUUGAGUAAAAACUCGGGGAGAGUAACAUUAUGAUACUGUGAUCGUUAACGGAGAAACGUGGAUAAUGGAUAACGAACCUCGGUUGAUAGUAUGAGGGCUGCUGGAUACAUCAUCACACUUUUGGGAAAGAAAACCAGAAACUCAUAAGGAUUCUCAGAGGUGUUCAUCUUGAGCUGUCCAGAGGAGGCCAACACAGCGGUGACAUCAUGGUGAGGCAUAACCCCAGACGGCCGAAGACAAAUGCUGGCACUCAGAUGCCUACUCUCAAGCCAUUAUCUCUGAUGGACGACCCCGCCGCCAAGCAGAGCCCUCCUCCUUAUGCAGAGCUCUUCACAGCCCCUGCUAGCGGCCAGCCGGGGUUCCCAGACCGUGUGUACCUGUUGGCAGCAGCUAUCUUCCAGAACAAUCACCAGCAGAAGCCUGCGUCUCACCGGCUGGUCAGUUAUGGCAAGCAAGAAGGCUCUGCCCUACCCAAGGUCAAGGAGGGGGGAAUGGACCUGGCAGCCUACGAGUUGGCCUUCAACACACUGAAAUAUCAAGAACUACUGGAGGACAUCUUGAUUGACAGCUGCUUUUACCUGGCUCAACCAAUGCCCGACGAGCAGAUGAGCUUGGUGGCCGUCAUGCUUUAUGACUUCCAGGACAGGAAGUUCCUCCCACGGGAACAUCGGGGGGAGGAGCUUAUACAGGAAGUCCUGGACGUGGAGGACUGCCUCCACAGAUUCAAGACCAAGCUGGCGGCGUCGCUGGCUCGCAGCAGGAUCAAACACGACCUGCUGUCCAUCGACUGCCUUCUGCCUGAGAGCCUACGGAGGAACCAGGAAAGGGCAGGCAGCCUGCCCCUCUACGCCUGGGUCAACCCCCUCAAGAGCAGUGUGGACGAGGUGAUGGAGGCCCUGAAGAGGGCCGGCUUCACGCGGGCCCCGUCCGUGGAGGAGCUGAGGGGCCGCUCCUUCUGCACGGACCCCCACUGCGGGGACGUGCUGGCGUUCCCCGCCGGCCUCCGCGGCGACCUCUACACCACCACGUUGCCUGGCGACCACAAGCUGAUCAUCCAGGAGAAGCUGUGUGGCCUGGGCCCCCACGCGGCGGCCCACCUGCUGUCGGGGGAGGGCGACCUGCUCCUGGCGGGCUGCUUCUCCGGCCUCAGCGUCGCCCACGCCGCCGGCCUGGUGGCCGGGGACGACCGCGGCGACGCGGGGGGCUGCAGGGUCCUGGCCUGCGUGGGCGACAGCACGACCCAACAGCAGGAGGAGCUGGAGGGGGUCCUGACCGCCAUGGGCUGCAAGAACGUGGAGCUCAUCCCCCAGGACUUCCAGACCCUUGCGGGGGCUGACGCACGGCUCCAGAGAGUGCGGGUGAUCCUGUUGACCCCGCAGUGCUCCGUGUCGGCCGUCAGCAACCCCCUGGACUUCAUCCUGAGGGAGAACGGAGACAGAGGCCUGCUGCCGUACCUCUCCCAGGGCUCCGUAGCCCAAGGCAAGCUGGAAGCUCUGGUAGCACGGCAAACCAAGGACCUCCAGCACGCCUUCAGCUUCCCUAAGGUCAGAUCCGUGGUGUAUUGCACCGUGUCUCUGUUCCCAGAGGAGAACGAGGAGUUGGUGUGGAGAUGCCUGGAGCAGAACCGGACCCAACCGGACGAUCAAACCAAGCUGCAGAACUUCGGGCCCAGCGCGGUCCUCCCCAGCUUCCUGGCCCCCCCAGAGGGAUGUGAGGAGCCCUUCUUCAGGCUGGAGCCCACAGCACACAGCAACGGCUGCUUCCUGGCCGUCCUCACCAGGGAGCCGGAGCCCGUGGUGGAGGAGACUCCGCAGGAGGUUCUCAGCCGGGCCAACGCCAAGGGCCUAUUGGACAAGAUAGGUGUCACUCAGCCCUCGACCAGGAGAGCCAAGAAGGGUGCGGCCUCUCGAACGGCCAAAGAGAUCCACGGACCCCGGGCGCUGCACCCCCAACCCCGCACCCCUGGGGGUCACCCCCCCAGGCUGGGCCAGCCGCGGCCCCCCGAGCCCAAGACCCCCGGCCCCGCACCUGGGGUAGACCUGCACGGGUGGACCACCCGGCGGCCAGCCCUACAAGCCAAGACCCCCUGCUGGCAGCCAUUCAAGACCACCGGCAUCACCGGCAUCACCGGCAUCACCGCCACCAACGCCACCAACGACACCACCGCCACCAACAACACCACCGCCACCAACGACACCACUGCUACCAACGCCACUUACGCCACCAACGCCACCACUGCUACCAACGCCACUUACGCCACCAACGCCACCACUGCUACCAACGCCACUUACGCCACCAACGCCACCAACGCCACCAACGCCACCAACGCCACCAACACCACCAGCGCUAUCAACACCACUUACGCCACCACCACCACCACCGCUAACAACCCCACCGCCGCCACCAACGCCACCAACCCCUCUGCGUCCACUAGGGAGGGCGGGGACAGCCUCCGCCAAUCAGUCGAAGCGGUGCCAUAUAAGGGCGUGGCUCAUGCCCCGCCCCCCGCCCUCUACGGCGCCCCUUCCAUCCCCUUUCUGACCCGCAUGGCCCCGCCCAAGGCGCCUCCCCCGCUGGUGGCGGUGGCCACGCCCACUAGGGCGCGGCCCUGCCUGGUCUUGAAGUCACUCACCCUGCCCCCCGUUCAGCUCCCCAACCUCAAGCCGGCCAAUCACAGCCAAGCGGGGGCGGGGGCGAGAUGCAACCCCACCUUCAGCUGCCACAGCUGGAGGCCCCCCCCGUCCCAGGCGGGGCACCCCCCCACCCGCUCCAGCGGCAGCCUCCACAGGGACCUCCCGUUCCCGAUGCGGCCCUGGCUGUAGCAACGCGCUCCGGUCCCGGAGCGCCGAGGAAACACACGACAAGUUGGACGCUCCUAAAGGUUCUUCAAACACUUCACUUGGAAAUAUGAUUCCUUGCAGUAUUGCUAAAACUAAAUGAAACGCAAACCCUGCCCGAAUGCCUUCAGUAUUUAAAAGUUUUUAUUUUUCCUUGUAAACCACGUAGCUUAUCAAUGCUCACGUCGUAGCUGAUGUAAAUGUAUAACGUAACCUUAGCCACACAGCAAACACACUGUUUAUAUUGUAUUACCUUACUUUGCCAUGUAGGACAAGCCUGCAUCUGUUUGAAUGCCCUGCCCAGGUGUCAGAUCAGUGUCAUGUGAUGAUUUGACAGGCCGGUUGCGACCUUGAAGAGGGACAGCCCGUGUGGAAAUAAAAGAAGCCACUGCCCA